UUGCGAUCGCCGUAGACGCCCGACCGUACUCCUUGCCCUACUGCGUCCUCCGUCUCUGACAGCUUGACUACGGCGAGCGAUAACUGGCGACACCGCUUUCCUGGCUCUGCUGCCCUUGGCUCUGGGGGCGUGAUCGAAAUUCAUUCGUCAACAUGUACGACAUGGACGUGGACUUGCCGGGCGGGAGCGACUUUGAAGAUGUGACCAAGCUAUUCGCGGCGGCAGCGAAUGAUAUGGAUCCAGAGGCACUCUUAAUGACGGACACAUUCUCGCUGCUAGACGCGAUGAGUGCCUUCGAGAUCGGAGAGCCACGCAUGGACAGCGGGAUGGUCACAGAGUCACAGCAACGUCCUCCAUUCGACCCAUUAGCCCCCAUGUUGCCUCAGGAGAUCUGUUGGAUCCUAGACCGGGCCUUUGCGUGCGAGAUGGAAUGGCACGCAGGCGCCAGUUUGACGCAAACAGUCCAUACCCUACUCUAUGUUCAUUAUCUGGACGACCUCAACCCAGACUUCAUCACCGGGCACCAGCGGUAUCUAUAUCCUCCAGAUCCGCGGCGCCCGCUAGAGCUGCUCAGCGUUGUAAUGCGGGCGAGCGUAAUGGCACUGCUGAAGAGCUGUGACCUCGCAUGGAGAGAACUCUCGAAAGGCAAAGUCCAUGAUGUAGAGGACUGGUUGGGCGAGAAGAGCGAGGUCUCCUUGCUAGAAGGGAUCUCUGCUGACUUCGUCUUGAGAAAGGUUGACGACGCCUUGACGUGGCUACAGUAUUCAAACCUUUCCGCCCAAGACGUCCAACUCUUACACGACAGGCUGCUACUCCGCAAGACAGUCAUGCAGCUACUCAAGCUCACUCUGCCGUUGAGCAAAAAAGAGCUCCGAAGAUUGUCCAUCGAUGCCCGUGUGCUGCUGCAAAGAAUACGCUCUCAAAGUCUGACGCAGCCCACACCGGAUUCGCCUGCAGCCUUCGUAUUCGAUCCGCACAUUAGCCGCCGUUUAGCAUGUUUCAUGCCAGUCCGCAUUAUCGACUUACCACCUCAAGAACAAGCUUGGGAUCACCUUUCUCGGCUUCUAGACGGCUGGGAAGAGCUGAGCCACUUGCUCGAUAACCCAUGCGUCUCCACUUGGGAGAUCGCAGGCUGCUUGAGAAUAUGGUCUCCGCGACACGAGAUUCAUCCGGCAUAUCUGCGUUCAUUGUCACAGUCCGUCGUCUAUGACAGAGGCAAUGUCAUGGGGCGGUUACCACCUAUGUGGUCGGUAGAAUGCUUCUUCCAGGAGUCGGUCGGAUGCUCGUACGAGGCCUUCCUCUCCAAGAUUUGUAUCCGCAACGAUAGUUCUGCCCUGUGGUUGAAGAAAGAGAUCGAAAAUCGUAUCUGCAAGUACACAGCGGCUGACCUGCGAGCGAAUUCGUAUAAUCCACCCAGGAGGCGUCGAUACUUCAUGAAAGCUUCGCUGCAAUGGCACGAGGUCUUUGAUCUCUUCUUGCAACUUAUCCCCUAUUGCGAGCCCUUCGACAGCGAAGGACAAGCCCUUGUAGAUGUGAUGCCGAGCAUAGCCACGAUGCGUCGUUUAGCGGCCUCUAGGGAGAUCAUCCUGUCUGGGCUCCAACAGGAUCUAUACGCCAGAGAGGAAGUGACCAUCGCAUAUUGGUACUUGUCCCGCAUUCUGGACGCCCAUUUGGAGUGCAUCGAUCAAAUUCUGAAUUUCGAUACGCAAGCACGCGAGGAGAUGAAGAUACAGCUCAACUUUCUCACUGCUCUUCAAGUAAUGUCGAUGGCGAUGUGCGCGAUCACAUACAAGCAAUGUACGCUGCCAUAUCAACGCACUGCGCUGAACUUCGUGCGCCGGCACAAGUGGGCGUUCAAACCUGAAUACGAGGAUCUCGCACCUGCAUUACCGUUGCCUGAUUUACGGCGUUUCGUACCUGAGGUCGAGGAGAUGCUUUCGAAUGGGCAAUAUUCACCAGCCCAGUCAUUUGCCCUUGCGGAGGAUAUGCUCGACAGCCUCGAGGGCCUAGAAGGGUUUGCAAGCAUUUGGGCAGAGGACCGAAGAGCGUUCUUCCAGGGCUUGGCCCGAAUAUGCAUACAACUGCAAGCCCUUCCAGCGUCCUCAGCAGACGUCGCUGGCUUUGACCUUCGGCGGCUCAAGUGGGUAGAUCGUACUCAUCCUUGGUUUCCGGACUUGGGUGUCUGAGCCAGGUGAAACAACGAAGAGGACCGCUGCUGCUUGACUAGACGUACGAACGAUGUUGCGAAGUCGUGUCGCGGAGUGACGUCAGCGCCCGUACUAGAUGAUAGAUCCUGCACAAAGGAUCCUCCGGCGGGGGGUGUUGAAUAAUACAUAAGGGGGUACAUCCUAUAGUAACUUACCGACACGCGUAGUAGCGAUGUUGGAUGCGACUGUAUCACGGCUCAGAGUCCUCCGAAGACAUCGCGUCGACAUUGUCAGGCCAUGACGAUAUCGAGCCGUUGUCAGCG